AUGACACACAAAACCGGUUCAAAGUACGGUUCGUUUGGUCCAGUCCCAGGGAGAAGACUUAACCUUAGCUUCAAAUCGCCAGCACCAAAUGCAUACAAUUUAUCAAUUUGGAAAAUUAAAAAUAGACAAGAUUUCAAUCGUGCCCCUUGUUCAAGAGCGUUUCAAAGUAACAUCGCUGUUAAAUGUGACCAAUAUCAACAAAACCAACAUAUCCCAGCACCUUGCGAUUAUCAAAAACUAGAAAAAAAUUCCAGAUCAAGGGUUAGUAUGGCGGCAUUCAAAUCAUCUAGUGGGAGACUGUUUGAUUCUCCACAACAGACAACUUAUAUUCCAGGACCAGGACACUAUGAUAUUGAUGUGAAACAGAAUCAAUCUAAUUUACCCCACUCGGCUUUUGCAUCUAAAAGUGAACGUUCCACAUUAAGAACUACAUCAGACUUUCCUGGACCAGGAGCAUAUAAUUUGGUCAAAUAUCAUGACUCAAAUUUAAAACUAACUAAAUUACCUCCAACAAAAUCAAGUUCAUCAAUGAUAACUUUGAAAACUGUGAAUAAAGAUCACGAAAAUUAUCCUGGUCCAGGGACAUAUAAUAUCACAACUGAACUAAUACCAAAACAUUUUAUGUCUAGUUCAGUUUUCCUAUCCAAUGUACCACGCUGGACAAUGCCAAAUGUUCCACUUGCUCUUGGCAUUGGUGAUAUGGUUGCAAAUAGUUCUUCACUUACAUGUCCUGGUGGAAUUGAUGCUUUACUUAAUCCAGGACCAACAAAAUAUAAUCCUUGCCUACCACAAAAAAUGUCAUUUCAUUAUAAUCUAAAUAAUGAAUGGAUGUAUUGA